AUUUCCCAAAGACAACCUCUGGAUUUGAUGCUGAGCACAAGCACUCAAGUUCUUUGGUCGACCAUGGCAAGGCCUGUUCUGAGUGGAACCUGUCCUGUUAAACCGCUGUAUGGUCUUGGCCACCGUGCUGCAGCUCAGUGUCAGGGUCUUGGCAAUCUUCUUAUAGCCUAGGCCAUCUUUAUGUAGAGCAACAAUUAUUUUUUAACUUUUAUUUAUUUAUACUUUUAUUUAUUUUUUUCCAUUUAGAUUUAUUUAUUUAUGCGUUCAUUUAUUUUUAUAUUUAUUUAUACAUUUCUCUUUUUACUCUUCCGUGUGCAACAUGCAAAUGAGGAGGCGGUCCUUGCGUAGCUCCAGUGCAUCAUUGGUUUGGAGCUCAUGUAUAAACAUCAGGUUAUACAAUUUUCCAGAAAUAGUGUACCAGAGAGUUCGGUUACCCUGUUUCCCCUUCAGCGCAUGUUGACGUAUGUGACACACACACACACACACACAUAUUUCUGCAGGUUUGGUCCUCCAUAGAACGUAACAUGUUCAUGCAAGUGUGUCACUCUGCGUUAACUAUAUUGGCCCUAAUGGGGCACAACUACGCAUUUAUCUCUUUAUUUUCUUUUCUACAAAAUAAGAUUUAAUUAUAUCGUUAUUGUUUAAUUAGACAUAAUUACAAGAGACUUUUGUUGGCAAACUGCCAACCUUUAGCAUAUGGCCGUCACAGAAACCAGUGUGCGCGUAUAUAGGAGGUUUGUCGGUAACCGCCAUAGCUUCCCCGAUAUGAUUUACGACCUGCCUUCCGGAAAAACCUAAGAAAACUCAACUCGGAAUUUCUAAUUGGAAACUCGGGGUCGUCUUCUCAACUCCGAGUUCAACAAAUGACGUAAAAUCAACAGGGCCGGCGCAGCAGUAAACAAACUCGGAUGCACGGAGAUCGAAAAUGACGUCGUGCCAUGCUCCGACUUCCCACUUCCGAGGCAGCAGGAGGCCGGUGUAUGAAGUUGUGGUUGGAGUUUUAUCUGCCAGGCACCACCAUGAUCUGAGGGAGGCCAUAAGAGGCACAUGGAUGGGGUACGUCAAAGACCACCCUGACUUCCAGAAUCGGGUGCUGGUGAAAUUUAUCAUUGGUAAACAUGGUUGUGCAAUACCUGAAGAAGAUCGAGAAGACCCAUAUUCCUGUAUCCAACUUAACCUCACAGAUCCAGUGGCCAUGCAGGAUGUGACCAUCCUAAGUAAGCCUGAUGCUUUGGUGCCAUCUGAUGUCUCAGCCAUAUGUUUGGAUUUUAAGGUGCUCCACCCUGUAGUGAUCACGCAACUGGGUGUGUUUCCCAGUGGCCCACAGAAAGAUUUCAGGGGAAGUGUCACAGUAAAGUUAUUUCCAGUGGACCAAAAGGAGCCUAUUGUGACUACUCAUCUUACUGCCCUGAGUCCAGGUGUCUAUGCAGAGGGAAUCUGGUAUAAAUCUGUGGAACAGUUCGUUUUGCCCAAGGGUUUCGAGGGUAAUCUGUUAUGGGAGAGCCAGGAUCCGGCAGGCUUGAUGACUAUCAAUGUGUCCAAAGUUCAGCUCAACACUGGUGGAGGAGUGAUCAAGUUAGGACCAAUAGAAGAGGGCACCCUGCCUCACAGAAACGCACGUGGUUUUCCUGGACUAGCUGGAGGAUUCAUUUUCUCUGUUUAUGAUGUGGAGGGAUUGAAGGCACAGCUGCGUGGCCGUGCAGACAGACAGCAGGCUCACGAGACCAGGCUGAGAGAGGAAGAAAAAGCCCUGCAGGAGGAGAGUCACACAUAUGGGGAUAUUAUUUUUGUUGACGUUGUGGAUACGUACAGGACCGUGCCUUAUAAACUGCUGUACUUUUACAAAUGGGCGGUGAGGAAUGCUGACUUCAGUCUGCUCCUGAAGACUGAUGAUGAUUGCUAUAUCAACGUGGAUGAAGUGUUAAUGAACAUUGACUACAAGAGCCUGAUGCGCAGCAAUCUGUGGUGGGGAAAUUUUCGCCAGAGCUGGGCUGUGGAUCGUGUAGGGAAGUGGCAGGAAUUGGAGUACACUAGUCCUGUGUAUCCAGCCUUUGCCUGUGGUUCUGGGUAUGUGGUUUCCAGAGACUUAGUGGAGUGGCUGGCCAGCAAUGCAGAGAAGCUCAAAGUUUACCAGGGAGAGGAUGUGAGCAUGGGAAUAUGGAUGGCUGCAGUAGGGCCUCAAAAAUAUCAGGAUGCAGGCUGGCUGUGUGAGAAAGAGUGCUAUGUGGACAUGUUGUCGUCACCACAACAUACAGUGAAGGAACUACGCUUUCUCUGGGAUCAGAAAAGAGUUUGUGGGGAUCCAUGUGGCUGUUCUUAGCAUCACAACUGAAUCCUCCAUUAUCCUCCUGCACACUUUAUAAAACAAACUAACUGUGUUACUUUAAAAAGUUUGUAACAGUUUAUUUUAAGGACCUUCAUAACUCAUUUAUAUGUAAUGCAUAUUAUUUUAAUAAAACAGUCUUGGAGAGUUUA